AUGGAAAAACAACAAGUUCUUCGUCCUUUAUCUAUUAAACAAAAUACAACUGAGGUUGCAGUACUAGUACCUACAAAUAUCUGGGUUCCCGCUGAACAACUUCAAGAAGAAUUUUUAAUUCAGUCUAACGAUAAUACAACAGCUGAGGAAAUUACUGAUAUUGAACUUGCUGCUAAAUUUUUAAAUUUUGCUAGUGCUCGUGCUGCGAAUGAAUCUCAAUUCUUACCAGUUGCACGUACACUCUUUAUCAACUUUGGUACUCAAUAUUUGAAGAAUAAUGAUGUCCACGCUGCUACACGUUCUCUUUCUUCUGAAUCCAAGAAAGUUGUCAUUCAAGCCUAUUUUUCUGCCCUUGUUGUUCUUAAAGAACAAGGUGUUUUGUCUACCGAAGAAAUGGCUCCUGCUAAAUCUGCUCUCUUUGAAGCUGCCGCUCGUGGUGAUGCUAAGCUUUUUGCCAUCUUUGGUGGUCAAGGUAAUAUUGAGGAAUAUUUUGAUGAAUUUGCGGAUAUUUGGGAGACAUAUCAGGGUAUUGUAAAGCCAUUUGUUUAUCGUAUGGCUGCUGUCUUGGCUGACUAUGCUCGUAGCCCCGAUGCUAAAAUGUUGCAUUCAAAGGGUUUGGAUAUUUUACGUUGGUUAGAUGAUCCUGAAGUUAGACCUGAUGUUCAAUACCUUAUCUCUGCACCUGUCAGUCUUCCUUUGAUCGGUCUCACUCAAAUCUUACAAUACUAUGUUAUGAUUCGUGUUCUUGGUCGUACUCCUGCUGAAAUUCGUGAUUUAUUUGAAGGCACAACGGGUCAUAGUCAGGGUAUUAUCAGUUCAGUUGUUAUUUCUGUCUCUUCUACUGAGGAAGAAUUUAUUAGCAAUACAGAAAAAGCAUUGGGACUUCUUUUCUGGAUUGGUACUCGUGCUCAACAAGUCUUCCCUCUUACUACCCUGAAUCCCACUAUUCUUGAAGAUUCUACUAGCAACAAUGAAGGCAGUCCUACACCCAUGUUGGCCAUUACUGGUCUUAGAGAAAACCAAGUAGUCAAGCAGCUUCAAGCUACCAACGCUCAUCUUGCUCCUGAGCGUCAAAUUGAAAUUACUUUACAUAACGGCCCUCGUUCAUUUGUUUGUACUGGCCCUCCUCAAUCCUUAUACGGUUUGAAUCUUGCCUUGCGUAAGCUUAAGGCCCCUACUGGUCUUGAUCAAUCCCGUGUUCCCUUUUCUCAACGUAAGAUCAAAUUCUCUUCACGUUUCUUACCUAUCACUGCACCCUUCCAUAGUGUUUAUUUGAAGAAUUCUAUACCUAUCAUUUUGGAAGAUGCUCAAAAAAAUAAUUUGUUUUUCAAUGCUAAGGAUCUCAAGAUUCCCGUCUAUGCUACUGAUUCAGGCAAGGAUCUUCGUGAAUCAGAUAACCUUACCAAAGCAUUAUUAGAACUUAUUUGUGAACAUCAUGUUCAUUGGGAGAGUGCAAUUGCUUCUAAGGAUUUGACUCAUAUUAUUGAUUUUGGUCCAGGUGGCACAUCAGGUAUUGGUGGUUUGACACAUCGUAAUAAGGAGGGUACAGGUGUACAAAUUGUGUUGGCCGGUGCUCUUGAAGGAGCUAACCGUGACCUUUCUUAUAAGGCUGAUCUUUUUGAUUCUGACAUUCGUGCUGUUACUUACUCUCAAAAUUGGGCAAAGGCUUUCCAACCUAAAUUAGUUCAAACCACAAGUAAUGGUCGUAUUCAUCUUGAUACCAAGAUGUCUCGCUUAUUAGGUAAGCCACCACUCAUGGUAGCCGGUAUGACUCCUGCUACUGUCAAUGAAAAGUUUGUUGCUGCGGUUAUGAAUGCAGGUUAUCAUAUUGAACUUGCUGGUGGUGGCCACUUUAGCGAUGAAAUGCUUCGUGAGAAGAUUAAUAAAAUUGUAGAACUCACUCGUGCAGGUGAAGGUAUCUCUCUCAACAUUAUUUUCUUAAAUGUACGUCAAUGGGGCUUCCAAUAUCCUCUUAUUCAGGUUAUGCGUAAGGAAGGUUUACCUAUGGAAGGUCUUUGUAUUGCAGCUGGUGUUCCCAGUCUUGACAAUGCGAAUGAAAUUAUUGCCAAUUUGCAAGCUGCUGGUAUUCGCCAUGUUGCUUUCAAACCAGGAAAUGCAGAUACCAUCCGUCAGGUUGUAGCUAUUGCUGCUGCUAACCCUACUAUGCCUGUUAUCUUACAAUGGACUGGUGGUCGUGCUGGUGGUCACCACGGUUUCGAGGAUGUGCAUCAACCUAUUCUUGAAACUUAUGCCGCUAUUCGUCGUCAACCCAACAUUGUUCUUGUUGCUGGUUCUGGCUUUGGUGGUGCUGAUGACACUUUACCUUAUAUCACAGGUGAUUGGUCUGUUAAAUUCGAUUAUCCACCUAUGCCUUUUGAUGGUGUCCUCUUUGGUUCUCGUAUGAUGGUAGCCAAGGAAGGUUUAGCUUCUCCUGCUGCUAAGCAAGCCAUGGUUGAUGCACCUGGUGUUGAUGACGGUGAAUGGGAAAAGACCUAUAAGGGCCCUGCUGGUGGUGUCCUUACUGUUCUUUCUGAACUUGGUGAACCUAUCCACAAGAUUGCCACUCGUGGUGUUCGUCUUUGGAAGGAACUUGAUGAAAGCAUUUUCUCUUUGCCUAAGGAUAAGCGUUUACCUGCCUUGUUGGCCAAGAAAGAUUAUAUCAUUAAGCGUUUAAAUGCUGAUUUCCAAAAGGUAUGGUUUGGUAAGAAAAAGACGGGUGAGGCCGUUGAUCUUCAAGAUAUGACCUACAGUGAAGUUGUCUACCGUAUGAUCGAAUUACUUUAUAUCAAGUUCGAAGCUCGUUGGAUUGAUAUUUCACUUCGUGACUUUGUUGGCGACUUUUUGCGUCGUGUUGAAGAACGUUUCUCAAAGACAUCUUCAUCUUCUAUGCUCCAGAAUUAUGCUCAAUUGGAGAACCCCUUCCCUUUUGUUGAAGAGUUCUUGGCUCAAUUCCCUGAUGCUGAAACCCAGUUAUUGACCUCUGAGGAUAUCCUUCACUUUAUUGCUCUUUGUAAACGUCCUACUCAAAAGCCUGUUCCCUUCAUUCCUGUCAUGGAUAAAGAGUUUGAUAUUUGGUUCAAGAAGGACUCCCUUUGGCAAUCUGAAGAUCUUGCCGCUGUUGUUGAUCAAGAUGUUCAACGUACUUGUAUCCUUCAUGGUCCUGUUGCUGCCAAGUACGCCACUCGCGUUGAUCAACCUGUAGGUGAAAUUCUUGGUGAUAUUUACAAUAGCCAUAUCGAAAGUUUGAAGGAACGUUAUUAUAAGGAUACUCCUAUUCCCAAGAUUGAAUAUCUUGGUGGUGCAUCUAUCACAAAGACCACUAUACAAGAAGUUUCUACUUCUGCUACUGAAUCUGUUCAUGAAGUUGGAAGCACUAUUCCUUCUGACGAAGAAUGGCUUCAAGCUAUCUCUGGUCCCACUUAUAGCUGGCUUCGUGCUCUCUUAACCUCUCCUUUCAUCGUUCAAGGUAAACGUUAUGCUGAUAACCCAGCUAAGCGUAUCUUCCGUCCUCGUGCCGGCCAAAGAGUUGUUACCUCUAUGGAUAAGGAUGGUAAGAUCAUUUCUGUUAAAGUCCAAGAUAAGCGUCCCUGGAGUGCAACAGCUAAAACAAGCGACUAUGUUUCAUCUGUUGAAGCCUCUAUCUCGGGUAAUAUGAUUCAUGUUACAUUGUUUGAGAAGAGAGAGGAAAACAUGAUUCCCUUAUCUUUACAAUUUGAAUAUAAGCCUGAACUUGGUUAUGCUCCUAUUCACGAAAUUAUGGAAGGACGUAACGAACGUAUUAAGGAAUUCUAUUACAAGCUUUGGUUUGGUGUUGAUAAUAAGGAUGAUUUCUUAAAUAUCUCGGUUCAUGAAAAACUUUCUGGUAAAGGUGAAGUUGUAAAAUCAGAGGAGAUUAAGGAAUUCUGUCAAACCGUUGGCAACGAAGCUGAAGUCUUUGUUGACCGUGGCCAAAAGGUUGUCUACGCUCCUAUGGACUUUGCUAUUGUUGUUGGCUGGAAGGCUAUCAUGAAGGCUAUUUUCCCCAAGGUCAUUGAUGGUGAUCUCUUAAGACUUGUUCAUUUAGGUAAUGGCUUCCGUCUUUUAGACGGUUCUGAGCUUCUCAAGGUCGGAGACAUUGUUGAUACUUAUGCACACAUUAAUGCCAUCGUCAAUACUGAUUCUGGUAAAAUGAUUGAAGUUAAUGGUGUGAUCGUUCGUGAAGGAAAGCCUGUUCUUGAAGUAACUAGCCAAUUCCUUUAUCGUGGUGAAUUUAAUGAUUUUGAACACACCUUCGAACGUAAGGUUGAAACUCCUAUGCUUCUCAAGAUUAAGGAUAUUAAGGAUAUUGCGGUUCUUAAGUCUAAGGAAUGGAUGCAAUGGGGUGAUGCCUUGGAAAAUCAUGAAAUCACUGUUGGUUCAUCUUUGAUUUUCCGUUUGAGCACUGAUCUUAAAUACAAGAAUAAGAAUGUCUUUGCUAGUGUUAAGACGACUGGUACUGUCACAAUGCAAGUCUCUACUAAAGAAUUUGUUGAAAUCGCUAGAGUUGAAUAUGAAUCUGGUGAAAGCCAUGGUAACCCCGUUAUUGAAUACUUGAAGCGUAACGCUCAAGAGAUUGAACAAGCUCACUUUUUCGAGAACGGUGGUUAUUCUGUUAUGCCUAGCCAAUCAACUUAUUCUUCUGUUGUUCACGCACCUGCCUCUAAUGAGCCUUAUGCUAAUGUCUCUGGUGAUUUCAAUCCAAUUCACGUCAAUCCUUACUUUGCUGACCUUGCUCGUUUACCUGGUACAAUCACUCAUGGUAUGUGGACUAGUGCCUCUACUCGUAAGUUUGUUGAAAUCUUUGCUGCUGAUAACGUACCCCGCCGUGUUGUUGCCUAUGAUGUUAAGUUCGUUGGCAUGGUCUUGCCCUCUGACAGGCUUGAAACUAAACUUUAUCACACUGGUAUGAAGAAUGGUCGCAAGAUUAUUAAAGUAGAGACAUUCAACCAAAAUAAUGAAAAGGUUGUUGAAGGUACUGCUGAAGUUGAGCAGCCUAUUACAUCCUAUGUCUUUACUGGUCAAGGUUCUCAAGAACAAGGAAUGGGUAUGGCCUUAUACGAUAGCUCUCCUGUUGCUAAGGCUAUUUGGGAUCAAGCUGAUAAACAUUUCAUGGAAAACUAUGGUUUCUCUAUCAUUGAAAUCGUUCGUAAUAAUCCAAAGGAAAAGGUUGUUCACUUUGGCGGUCCUCGUGGUAAGAAGAUUCGUCAAAACUACAUGAGUAUGUCUUAUGAUGUUGUUGACGCUGAUGGCACCACUAAGACUUUACCAUUAUUCCCUACUAUUAAUGAACGCACUGCCUUCUAUACCUUCCGUUCUCCUACUGGUCUCUUGUAUGCUACCCAAUUCACACAACCUGCUUUGACCUUAAUGGAAAAGGCUGCAUUUGAAGAUAUGCGUUCCAAGGAGUUGAUUCAAGCCAAUUGUGCUUUCGCUGGUCACUCUCUUGGUGAAUAUGCUGCUUUAGCCUCUGUUGGUGAUGUGUUGCCCUUAGACUCUCUUGUAGAUGUCGUCUUUUAUCGUGGUAUGACUAUGCAAUCUGCUGUCAAACGUGAUGAAGAGGGUCGCUCUAACUAUGGUAUGGUUGCUGUCAAUCCUGCUCGUGUAUCAAAGACAUUUAAUGAUACUGCUCUUCGUUAUGUUGUUGAUUCCAUUGCUCGCCGUGGUGGUGAUGUCUUGGAGAUUGUCAACUUUAAUGUUGAAAACUGGCAAUACGUUGCUGCUGGUGCACUUCAAAACCUUGAUGCUCUUGCUAAUGUUUUGAACUAUAUCAAGACUGCCAACAUUGAUCUUCAAAAGUUGAUGGAAACCAUGUCUCUUGAAGACGUUAAGCAACACUUGAUUGAAAUUAUUGAUGGUGCCUUUGAAAAGACUAAGGCUAAGCAAGCUAAGGGACGUGUUAUUCUUGAACGUGGUCACGCUACUGUCCCCCUUCCCGGUAUCGAUGUACCUUUCCACUCUUCUUUCUUGCUUAGUGGUGUUACUCCCUUCCGUACUUUCUUGGCUAAGAAAUUCAAUCCUUCUGAUAUUAACGUUGCUCAAUUAGCUGGCAAGUAUAUUCCUAACUUGACCGCUCAACCUUUUAGUACCGAUAAGAGUUAUAUUGAAGAUGUUUAUCGUUUAACAUCUAGUCCUCGUUUAGCUAAGGUGCUCAAGAAUUGGUCUGAUGAUAAAUAUGUUACCCCUGCUCAACAACAACGUCUCGGUUACAUUCUUUUGAUUGAACUUUUGGCUUAUCAAUUCGCUUCUCCUGUUCGUUGGAUUGAAACUCAAGAUCAAUUGUUCAAGAACUAUAAGAUUGAGCGUCUUAUCGAAGUCGGCCCUUCUCCUACUCUUAGCGGUAUGGCUGCCCGUACUUUGAAUCUUAAAUAUCAAGCUUAUGAUAAUGCUUUGAGUAACCGUCGUCAAAACUUGUCUAUUGCUAAGGAUUCUAAGGAAAUUUAUUAUGAAUUUGAGAAUGCCGUAGAAGAAGAAGCUGCACCUGCUGAAUCUACCCCCGCUGCACCUGCUGCUACUGCUGCUGCUCCUGCUGCUCCUGUAGCUGUUGCUGCUGCUCCUGCUCCUUCAGCUGGACCUGCUGCUGCUAUUAGUGAUGUUCCUGUUACAGCUACUGAGGUUAUUCAUGCUGUUAUCGCUCAAAAAUUGAAAAAGACUAUGGAUGAAGUUCCUUUAUCCAAGGCUAUUAAGGAUUUAGUUGGUGGUAAAUCUACUCUUCAAAACGAAAUUCUUGGUGACUUACAAAAGGAAUUCAAUAACGGUGUUCCUGAAAAAUCUGAAGAGACUCCCUUGGAUGAACUUGGUGCUGCCUUAAAUAGCAGUUUCUCUGGAGCUCUCGGUAAGCACUCUAGCACUUUAGUUGCUAAAAUGAUUGGUGCCAAGAUGCCUGGUGGUUUUACCUUGAAUAGUGCAAAGACUUAUCUUACCAACUCAUAUGGUUUGGGUCCUGGUCGCAUUGACGGUGCUUUAUUGGUUGCUAUUACGAUGGAACCUGCUUCUCGUCUUGGUGCUGAAGCUGAAGCUAAGGCUUGGUUGGAUUCUGUUGCUCAAGCUUACGCUAAGAGAGCUAGUAUUACAUUGUCUGCACCUGGUGCUGGUGGUGCCACUGGUAGUGCUGCUGGUGGUGCAUCUGUUGCUGUUAUCAAUAGUGAAGAAUUUGAUGCUCUCAAGGCUAAGCAAGACGCUUUGAUUUAUCAACAGCUUAACUUGUAUGCCAAAUACCUUCAAAAGGACUUACGUGAAGGUGCCAAGUUAUACGAGAAAGAGAAGACCACAACUGCUAAAUUACAAGCCGAACUUGAUUUAUGGCUUGCUGAACAUGGUGAUAUUUAUGCUGAUGGUAUCAAACCUAGUUUCACACCCCUUAAGGCUCGUCGUUACGAUUCUUAUUGGAACUGGUCUCGUCAAGAUGCUCUUGAAAUGUGGUAUGAUAUCAUUUUUGGUAAACUUGCUAUUGUUGAUCGUGAAGUUACUGCCAAAUGUUUACGUAUCAUGAACCGUGCUUAUCCUCAAUUGAUUGAUUAUAUGCGUUAUAAUGUUGAGAACUGUGCUGGUGACAGAGGUGAGACCUAUAGACUUGCUAAGGAAUUCGGUCAAGCGUUGAUUGAAAACUGUGUUGAAGUCCUUGCUGAAAACCCUGUCUAUAAGGAUGUAGGUUUCCCUACUGGUCCCAAGACUCAAGUCUCCGAAAAGGGUAAUAUUGUUUAUACCGAAGUUCCUCGUCCUGGCUGUCGCAAGUUAGCUGACUAUGUCAAGGAUAUGACUGCUGGUUCUAAAGUUACUGAAUACUCUAACCGACUCAAGGUCCAACAAGACCUCGGCCGUAUUUACAAGAUCAUUCGUAGUCAAAACAAGAUGAAGAAGAGCACUAAGGUUGCUAUUAAGGAACUUUAUACUGAUGUUUUACGUGCUAUGUCUAUUUCAAACACUAUUAUCAGAGAACAAAGACCUCGUCAACGUCGUGCUUCUGUUGUUAAUCGUCUCCCUGAACGUAAGCGUAUUGCUGAAAAGUCUGCAAAGACUGAGACUAUUCCCUUCUUACAUCUCAAGAAGAAGAACGUUAAUGAUCCUUCUGGUUGGGAAUUCAGUAGCAAAUUGACAUCUAUUUAUCUCAAUGUUUUAACUGAAAUUGCUGAGAGAGGUAUUACUUUUGCUGACAAAUGUGUUCUUUUAACUGGUGCUGGUAGAGACUCCAUUGGUUCUGAAGUCUUGAAGGGUCUUAUUUCUGGUGGUGCCAAGGUUGUCGUGACUACUUCUCGUUUCAGUCGUCAAGUUACUGAAUACUUCCAAUCUAUUUAUGAAACAUUUGGUUCUAAGGGAUCUGAACUUGUGGUUGUACCUUUCAAUCAAGGUGCCAAACAAGAUGUUGAUGCCUUGGUCAACUAUAUCUAUGAUCCUAAGGGUCUUAACUGGGAUCUUGACUUUGUUAUUCCUUUUGCUGCCAUUCCUGAAAAUGGUCGUGAAAUUGAUAGCAUUGACUCCAAGUCUGAACUUGCUCAUCGUAUUAUGUUAACUAACCUUCUCCGUAUGUUGGGUAAUGUCAAGACUCACAAGCAAAAGAUUGGCUCUGAUACUCGUCCUGCUCAAGUCAUUCUUCCUUUGUCUCCUAACCAUGGUACCUUCGGUGCUGAUGGUCUUUAUGGUGAAUCCAAGAUUUCUUUGGAGACUCUCUUCAACCGUUGGUAUUCUGAAAGCUGGUCUAGCUACUUGCUUAUUGCUGGUGCUGUCAUUGGUUGGACUCGUGGUACUGGUUUGAUGAAUGCAAACAAUAUGGUUGCUGAAGGUGUUGAAGCACUUGGUGUUAGAACUUUCUCUACUGUUGAAAUGUCAUUCAAUAUCCUUGGUCUUAUGCACCCUGAUAUUGUUGAACUUUGUCAAAACGAGCCUGUAUGGGCUGAUCUUAAUGGCGGUCUUCAAUUUAUUACUAACUUGAACGAAGUUAGUGCCAAGUUGCGUAAGGAAAUUCGUGAAACUGCUGAAAUUCGUAAGGCUAUUGAUGCUGAAAAUGCUCUUGAUUUCAAGAUUGUAUUUGGAGAAGAAGCUGAACGUAAGCACAAGCCUCACAAGAUCACCCCUCGUGCUAAUAUGAAGUUUGAGUUCCCUAAGCUCAAGUCUUAUGAAUCCUUCAAAGACCUUAACUAUCUUAAGGGCAUGAUUGAUCUUGAACAAGUUAUUGUUGUUGCCGGUUUCGGUGAAGUCUCUCCAUGGGGUAAUUCAAGAACUCGUUGGGAAAUGGAAGCUUAUGGUGAAUUCUCUCUUGAGGGUUGUAUUGAAAUGGCCUGGAUUAUGGGUUAUAUUAAGCACCAUGAUGGUAACUUGAAGAACGGUAAAUUCUACUCUGGUUGGUUAGAUGCUAAAUCUGGUGAGCCUGUUGAAGAAAAGGAUAUUAAGGCUAAAUAUGAAAAGCAAAUCCUUGAACAUACUGGUAUUCGUUUGAUUGAUCCUACCGUCAUGAACGGAUAUGAUCCUGAAAAGAAGAUGCUUAUGCAAGAAAUUGUUAUUGAUCAUGAUCUUGAACCUUUUGAGUGCUCUAAGGAAGAAGCUGAUCAAUUCAAGCAUCAACAAGGUGAUAAGGCUGAUGUUUAUGAAAAUGCUAAUGGAGAUUGGUGUGUUGUUUUACGUAAGGGAGCUACCUUGUAUGUUCCUAAGGCUCUUCGUUUCGAUCGUCUCGUUGCUGGUCAGAUCCCCACUGGCUGGGAUGCCACUCGUUAUGGUGUUCCUAAGGAUAUUGUUGAUCAAGUUGACCCUGUUACAUUGUUUAACAUCGUUUCAACUGUUGAAGCUUUUGUUUCUGCUGGUAUCACUGAUCCAUAUGAAUUCUUCAAAUAUGUUCAUGUGUCUGAAAUUGGUAAUACUACUGGUUCAGGUGUUGGUGGUCAAAUCUCACAAAGAGGUCUUUUCCGUGAUCGUCUUCUUGAUAAGCCUGUUCAAAAGGAUAUCUUGCAAGAAUCUUUCAUUAACACCAUGCCUGCUUGGAUCAACAUGUUGCUUCUUUCAUCCUCUGGUCCCAUCAAGACACCUGUUAACGCUUGUGCUACUUCCGCUGUCUCUAUUGAACUUGCUUGUGAGUCUCUUUUGACUGGUAAAGCCAAGAUUAUGAUUGCUGGUGCUACUGAAGAUAUUACAGAAGAAUCCAGUUACGAAUUCGCUAACAUGAAGGCCACUUCUAAUGCUGUUGAUGAAUUUGAGCAUGGCCGUACUCCUAGAGAAAUGUCUCGCCCUGCUACUACUUCUAGAAAUGGUUUUAUGGAAGCCCACGGUGCUGGUAACCAUAUUCUUAUGUCUGCUGCCACUGCUAUUGAGAUUGGUGCACCUAUUUAUGGUAUUAUUGCUCUUAGUAGCACUGCUACUGAUAAGGAAGGUCGUUCCGUCCCUGCACCUGGUGCUGGUAUCCUUACAACUGCUCGUGAAAAUGUCAGUAAGAGAGCUUCUCCUUUGUUGAACUUCAACUACCGUGCUAGACAAAUUAAGUCUCGUCGCGCUCAAAUUAAGGCUUGGGUUGAGAGCGAAUAUGAAUUCUUACGUGAGGAAAUGGAAGAGCUUAAGGCUUCUGGUGAACUUCCUGCUGAAGAAGAGAAGGCAUGGCUUGAAGAACGUACUACAUUUAUUCAUAAUGAAGCUAAACGUCAAGAAAAGGAAGCAUUAGCUACAUACAAUCAUCAAUUCUAUAAGAAUGAUCCUAACAUUGCACCUAUUCGUGGUGCUCUUGCUGUUUAUGGUUUGACAAUUGAUGAUAUCGGUGUUGCCUCUUUCCACGGUACAUCUACUAAGGCUAACGAUAAGAAUGAAUCUCGUGUACUUAACUCUCAAUUGAAGCAUCUUGGCCGUACUAAGGGUAACGCACUCUUGGCUAUUACACAGAAAUACUUGACUGGUCAUCCCAAGGGUCCUGCUGCAUCCUGGAUGGCUAACGGCAUGAUGCAAUGCUUGCUUACAGGUCUUGUUCCUGGUAAUCGCAAUGCAGAUAACAUUGAUGUUGUUAUGAAAGAUUUUGAUUACAUUGUGUAUCCUUCUCGUUCUAUUCAAACUGAUGGUUUGAAGGCUGGUCUCCUCAAGUCCUUUGGUUUUGGUCAAGCUGGUGGUGAAGUAUUAAUUAUUCAUCCUGAUUAUGUCUUUGGUGCAAUGGAAGAAAACCAAUAUAACGCUUAUAAGAUUAAGAAUGCUGAACGUUAUGCAAAGACUUAUCGUUAUCUCCAUGAUUCUAUUACUGGUGUUGCUGACUUUGUCCAAGUUAAGACAGAAGCUCCUUACUCUGAUGAUCUUGAAUAUACUGUUUAUUUGAAUCCUAGUGCUCGUACUGAAUAUUCCAAGGAAAAGAAAUCAUGGCAUUUCACCAACAAAUCUGCUAACCUUGCUGCCCCCACAGCAGGUGAUGCUGAAGUAACCAAGAAUAUUAUCUCUUCUCUUACUGAACAACAAGCCGGUAAAAGAGGUGUUGGUGUUGAUGUUGAAUUAACUAAUGCAGUAAAUAUUGAGAAUUCCACCUUUAUUGAACGUAAUUUUACUCCUGCUGAAAUCGAAUACUGUCAAGCUCGCCCUGAUCCCCAGGCUAGCUUUGCAGGUCGUUGGUCUGCUAAGGAAGCUGUUUUCAAGGCUAUCUCUUCUUAUGGAAACAUUCCUUCUGAUGGCUCCGGUGCUCCUUUGAAAGAUAUUGAAAUUAAGGCAAAUGAAGUUGGAGCUCCUGUAGUCGUGCUAUCUGGCAAGGCUAAAUCUGCCGCAUCUUCUGCUGGUAUUAAAAAUGUAAAUGUAUCUAUUAGCCAUAGUGGAGCUUACAGUGCCGCUGUUGCUUUAACUCAAUAA